AUGGACGCGGGCGACGACUACUCCGAAUUCGCGACGCGACGGGGCGCGAAGGCGAACGGGCGCGCGGCGACGGCGGGCGACGGACGCGGGACGCGGUUUCGGCUGUGGCGAGACGACGGCGACGACGACGGACGCGCGCGGCGGUGGGCGGGGGAUCUGGACAGCGCGGGCGCGCGAUCGGGCGGGAUCUGGGAAGUAGGGGGGAAGGCGACGCGGGACGCGCGACGGGACGGCGAAGGCGUCGCGCGCGCGUUGGAUUUCGACGACGACGACGGCGGGGGGUGGGAGGGCGCGGCGGCGUCGACGACGACGUCGUGUGCGUCAUCGACGUCGCGGUUGCGGUCGGCGCGCGGAGACGACGACGUGGCGGUGUUCGACGAGGAGGCGGCGCGCGACGAGGCGGCGGAGGCGGAGGCGGAGGACGACGAAGCGAGAGGCGCGCUGCGAGGGGCUCUGGACGCGGUGGACUUGGCGUCGAGAAACGCGAUUUCGCGACGAUUCGACGUUGAAAGCGUGAAAGAAUUAGCGCGAGAGUGCGCGCGGGCGCGACGGGCGGCGGGCGUGCGGGAUUUGCGUUUCGUCGACGACGCCGACGACGAGCUCGCUCGGGAGUCGAGGCUCGAGGAGGCUCGCGCCAAGUGUCGGGCGAAAGUUGCCGAAGCCGAAGCGGAUUUUCUUCGUAGAGAAGCCGAGGAGGUGAAAGAAAAGUAUAUCUCGCGGUACGGCGACGCGGGUCGCGCGUGGGUGGCUUCUCUGAGCGCGCGCGUGGACGAAUGGCACGCCGACUGCGCGCAAAAGUUGACGACGGUCGCGACGUCGCCUCGAUACGCCGACGUCGAUUCGUCCGGCGCGGCGACGUUGGCGGCGACGAAGUGGUUGCAUCUGCUCGACGCGUCACCGACGAAGCGUCGGCGAUCUCUCGCGGCGCGCGAAGACUAG